GGAGGUCCUGCUUAGAGCUUUUUGGACUCCUGUCUGGAGUUUCAUACUUGAGGAGAAACGCGAGAGAGGGCAGUUUGUACUCAUUACAUGUAGUUUUAUGCGAUUCUGUGUCGAGAAGUUUGGGCUUGCCUGCCGGGAUGUACACGGCGGGACUCAAUCCGUUUUACGCAUCGAACUUUAGCCUUUGGACCGCGUACUGCUCGAGCGGUUUUGGGGUGGACAGCAUGAAGAAACCCUCGUUCUGCAUCGCUGAUAUUCUGCACGUUGGAGAUGCUGAGAACAUCCCCGGUUCGUCUUCGCUUAUGGCUCACAUCGGGGCCCGGGGAUCCCCGUUACGCCCGUCCCCGGUCACUCCAAGCGCGUCCGCGUAUCACAUGCACGGAAUACACUUUACAUCCAGAGCCGCGAUGCACGCGCAAUCCGCGCCUCCGCUCUCCAGCAAAGACCUCAAGUUCGGGAUCGAUCGGAUAUUAUCCACAGACUUCGAGCCGAGGGGAAAAGAAUCGCUAUCACUGAGAGAUCUCACAUUGAUUGUUAGUCCGAAUCGGCAGUCAGCAGUCCAUGUGUCUGCCAGCCCUUACUUCGCGUCCAUGAGCGAAACCUCCUCCAUGAUGGGUUCAAUAAGCAAUGCCGCGAGGCAAUCAGGGCAACAUCAGUUUCAAGACACCUUCCCAGGGCCGUACGCGGUGCUUUCAAAAGACACAAUGCCACAGACUUACAAGAGGAAAAGGUCGUGGUCCAGAGCCGUGUUCUCCAACCUCCAGCGGAAAGGCCUCGAGAAGCGCUUUGAAAUCCAGAAGUACGUCACGAAACCGGACAGAAAACAGCUGGCUGCGAUGCUGGGCCUCACCGACGCACAGGUCAAAGUUUGGUUCCAGAACCGGCGGAUGAAGUGGAGGCAUUCCAAAGAAGCGCAGGCGCAGAAGGACAAAGAGAAAGAGCAGACGGAUAAAUCCGCGACCGAUACCGAAGCCAAAGAACGCGAGGACUCCGAGUGUGAAAGCGAACCGAGCGAGUCCGAAUCCGAGGACGGAGCGGAGGACAAAAGCGACGUGGACAUUUCUGACCUCAACAAAGCCAGUGUGAUUAUUCCCGGAGCUCUCGCGGUCAGCACGCACGACACAUGCAGCACAGACUCCACGACAGAGCCGAGCGCGUGAGCAUCUGAUGGACGUCAGUUAAGCGGCUCGCGGACAGAGCGCGCGCGCGCGUGCACACACGAGCCAUCGUUUCUUUGUGAAACAGACCCUUCAUGACCCUUGAGAGAGGACAGCAGCGACCACUCGACCUUCAUCAGACGAUUUGGGAAUUGAAUGUUCAUCAAUUAAGACGUUGAUAAACGUGACUGUAUUAUAUUUGGUCUGUAAGUAUUUGCACUGAAAAUGUAAAUAAACGUUUGUUACUAAUA